AUGGAUAAUAGUGUACUCUCAACUUAUAUUGGUGAAAAAAAUCCUAAAGAAGUAAAUCAACUUGUGUUGGACCAAAGAAGGAUACUAAAACUUUCAGAUUUAAAAGAUUUAACAGAAUUAGAGAUAUUAUCAUUAAAUGGUUGUAGUCUUCAAUCUAUUGAAACUUUACCUAUUUUUAAAAAUUUAAGAAAACUAGAAUUAAAUGAUAAUAGAAUUUCAGGUGGAUUAUCAGUAUUAUCAGGUUUUGAUAAAUUAGAAUCAUUAAGCUUAAGUGGUAAUCAAAUUAAAACAUUAGAGGAGUUACAACCAUUGAAUUGUUUACCUUCAUUACAAUUUUUAGAUUUAUUUGCAUGUCCUGUUACUUUAUUACCAACCUAUCCAAGAGCAUUAUUUUCAAUGAUUAAAUCACUUGUAGCAUUAGAUGGUUAUGAUAUUAACGGUAAAGAAAUUGAAGAUGAGGCCGAUGAUGAGUCGGAUGAAGACGAUGAAGAAGAAGACAACGAAAGCUUUGUAGAGGAAGACUCUGAAGAAGAAAAUGAAAGAAAUGGAAAUAUAGCACAUUUGAAUGGUAAAUCACCUGUAAAAAGUACUCAUGCAAAUAAUAAGCAUUAUGAUGACGAAGAAGCAGAGGUGGAAGGUGGAGAGGAAGAUGAUGAUGAAGAAGAAUCAGAUAAUAAAGAUGAUGAUGAAGAUGAUGAUGACGAUGAAGAGGAAGAAGAAGAAACAGCCAACGGUCAAACAUCAGGACUUAGAAUACCCAAAUCAAACAAUAAUGCCAUAGCAAGAUCCGAAUCAGAUGAUGAUGAGGAUGAAUCAGAUUAUUCAGAAUCAGCCAGCGAAAAUAUAGGAUUAAAAAAUAAAACUACUACAACUACAACCACAACAACAACAACCAGUAGUACCUUAAAAACUAUAGAUAACAAUCCACAAUCACCAAACUACGAUUCAGAAUCAGACUCGGACUCAUCAGAUUAUAGUUACGAUAAGCAACAACAGUCUGGUAAAGAGAUCAAGCAAACCAAAACGUACGAAAUAUUAAAUCAAAGCUAUCAUUCCGAAGAUGAUGAAGACUAUGAACCAUCAAGUGAAAAUUCUGAUUCAGAGAUCUCCGAAGAAGCUCAAGCUGAGGAAGAGGAAGAUGACUACGACCAAGAGGAAGAGGACAAAAUCGUCGAAAAAUAUAAGAAAUUAAGAGAACAAGGUGCUCCGAUUGAAAUAAAGGAAGGCGAUGAUGAAGAUGACGAUGAGGAUGAUGAAGAUGACGAAGAUGAAUACAGCGAUAGCUCACUCAAAAAGAGAAAAAAUGAGUCAACUGAUUUACCAAAUCCAAAGAAAAGAGCUCUUUAA